AUGGGAUCUACUGAAAACACUCACACCACCGAGCGUCGCUUCGGAACAUUGGCCGUCCACGCCGGUGCGCCUCACGACCCUGUGACUGGUGCUGUCAUCGCUCCCAUCUCCCUCUCCACCACCUUCGCUCAGACCAGCGUCGGUAGCCCUGUCGGUCUCUACGAGUACACUCGUAGCUCCAACCCCAACCGCGACAACUUUGAGCAAUCGAUUGCCGCUCUCGAGAACGCCAAGUACGCCCUUGCUUUCUCUUCUGGCUCUGCCACUACUGCUGUUGUCCUGCAAUCUCUGGCCGCGGGAUCUCACGUUGUCUCGGUCUCCAAUGUCUACGGUGGUACCCACCGCUACUUCACCAAGGUCGCCGCCGCCCACGGCGUUCAUGUGACCUUCUCUCCUUCCAUUGAGCUUCACGUCGAGGACCUCAUCCGUCCUAAUGAGACUAAGCUCAUCUGGAUCGAGACCCCCUCCAACCCCACCCUCGGCCUGGUCGAUAUCCAAGCCGUUGCCGAGAUUGCCCACCGCCAUGGCAUUCUCGUCGUCGUCGACAACACCUUCAUGAGCCCCUACGUUCAGAACCCGCUCAACCACGGUGCCGACAUUGUCGUCCACUCCGUGACCAAGUACAUCAACGGCCACUCUGAUGUCCUCAUGGGCGUUGCCGCCUUCAACUCCGAGGCCCUAAACGAGCGCCUCACCUUCCUGCAAAACGCCAUCGGCGCCGUCCCCUCACCAUUUGACUGCUGGCUCGCCCACCGCGGUCUAAAGACCCUCCACCUCCGCGCCCGCGAAGCCACCAAGAACGCCACCACCGUCGCCAAGGCCCUCGAAGCCUCCCAGCAUGUCAUUUCCGUCAACUACCCGGGCAUCGACUCGCACCCCGACCGCGCGAUCGCACUCAAGCAGCACCGCGACGGUAUGGGCGGCGGCAUGCUCAGCUUCCGCAUCAAGGGCGGCCAGGCCGCCGCGCACAACUUCUGCAAGUACACUAAGGUUUUCACUCUGGCUGAGAGUCUUGGUGGUGUUGAGUCGUUGUGCGAGGUUCCCUCCAGCAUGACUCAUGCUGGUAUUCCUAAGGAUCAGCGUGAGGCUGCGGGUGUUUAUGAUGAUCUUGUUCGCAUGAGCUGCGGUAUUGAGGAUUCGGAGGAUCUGAAGGAAGAUGUGCUUAAGGCUUUGGAGCUUGCUGCUUCUGGUAAGAAUGGUAGCGCUUAA